UUCCCACGCCUGUUGUUGUGGCGUCUGCCCUUUUCGCUCACUCUCUCUCUCUCUGUUGCUGCUACCCGCCGCCUCCCCUUUUUCUCUGUCUUCCUCACCCACCCCCUUUCUCUCCGUCUCCCUCGUCCCUACACCUCCAGUCUGCUUCUGUUGUCUCGGCGGAUUGUUGGGCUGUGGGAGAGAAAGGAUAUCGCGAGUAUUGGAGUUUUGGUGAGAGUUUGUGGAAGAUGGCGCCUGUUGUGACAGGGAAGUUCGGGGAGCGCCCUCAGCCACAGCGCCUAACAAGAGAAGCGAUGAGGAAUUACCUGAAGGAGCGAGGUGACCAAACUGUCAUGAUCCUGCAUGCAAAAGUUGCACAGAAAUCCUAUGGCAAUGAGAAAAGGUUCUUCUGCCCUCCUCCCUGUGUUUACCUGAUGGGCAGCGGCUGGAAGAAAAAGAAGGAGCAGAUGGAGCGAGACGGCUGCUCCGAGCAGGAGUCGCAGCCCUGCGCCUUCAUUGGCAUCGGCAACAGCGACCAAGAAAUGCAGCAGCUUAAUUUAGAGGGAAAGAAUUAUUGCACAGCCAAAACCUUGUACAUAUCCGACUCCGACAAGAGAAAGCACUUCAUGUUGUCCGUCAAGAUGUUCUACGGCAACAGCGCUGACAUCGGUGUCUUCCUCAGCAAGAGGAUCAAAGUCAUCUCCAAGCCCUCCAAAAAGAAGCAGUCCCUCAAAAACGCUGACUUGUGCAUCGCAUCGGGGACCAAGGUGGCGCUCUUCAACCGCCUGCGGUCCCAAACAGUCAGCACGCGCUAUCUACAUGUGGAGGGCGGAAACUUUCACGCCAGCUCCCAGCAGUGGGGCGCCUUCUACAUCCACCUGUUGGACGACGAGGAGUCAGAAGGAGAAGAGUUCACUGUGAGAGACGGUUACAUCCACUACGGCCAGACGGUCAAGCUGGUGUGCUCGGUCACCGGCAUGGCCCUGCCCAGACUGAUCAUCCGUAAGGUGGACAAGCAGACGGCGCUGCUGGAUGCCGACGACCCUGUCUCCCAGCUCCACAAGUGUGCCUUCUACCUGAAGGACACAGAACGCAUGUACCUGUGCCUUUCCCAAGAAAGGAUCAUCCAGUUUCAAGCCACUCCAUGCCCAAAGGAACCAAACAAGGAGAUGAUCAACGACGGCGCCUCCUGGACAAUCAUCAGCACAGACAAGGCCGAAUACACUUUCUACGAGGGCAUGGGCCCCGUCCACUCGCCUGUCACCCCCGUGCCUGUGGUAGAGAGCUUACAGCUAAACGGCGGAGGCGACGUCGCCAUGUUGGAGCUGACAGGACAGAACUUCACUCCAAAUCUGCGGGUCUGGUUCGGAGACGUCGAGGCUGAGACCAUGUACAGGUGCGCGGAGAGCAUGCUGUGUGUGGUGCCCGACAUCUCAGCCUUCCGUGAGGGCUGGCGCUGGGUGCGGCAGCCCGUCCAGGUGCCCGUCACGCUGGUGAGGAACGACGGCAUCAUCUACUCCACCACACUGACCUUCACCUACACGCCGGAGCCUGGGCCGCGGCCACACUGCAGCGCCGCCGGGGCCAUCCUGCGGGCCGGGAACUCCAGCCUGCUCAGCAGCAACAGCCAGGACGCCGGCCCCGGCGUCUACGGCCCCAACAGCACCUCCAACGCAGGAGUCACAUCCUCAUCCUCCACCGCCGCAGCUGUGGUCUCCUAACGCACACAGGGGGCCACUCACUAUAAUAUGCCUUGAGAGCAAAUGUACCACAAGGUGUAUAAAGACUAUGGGAAAUAACAAACUGACUCACUCGUAAGUGCUGCGUUUAAAUUUUGGAUACAAAGAAGCUGAAAAAAGAAAAAAAAAAUCGGGAGAAAGAACGCAGGGGGAAUCUGAAGGAGGAGUGACAUCAUCGCGUUGUCGGCCAACGGGAAUAAAGCGAAAAAGUGCUCCUUGCCACGCCCCCCUCUCCUGUGGUUACUUUAGGGACCUGCCUAUCCAGUUCUGGUGUUCGGAAUGAGUGAAGUUCCUGCAGGCUCAGAGCACCAGCACCUUUCUACGGGAAAAUCGCAACAACAAUACAUCCGCCAUGUACAAAAAAAUUGUCUUGAAAGGAGAGUAUUUUUUGUGGGCCCCCCUCCAGACCCGCCCACCCAACCUCCCUCCCAUCACUUGUUUUAUAAUUAUUCCUCUUGUGUUACUUUGCCUUCUUUUUCCCUGGGGGGGCUGGAUGUAUUGUUGUUGGAGGGAGCGCGAGGAUGCAGAGGGACACACAUAAAACGUGACGAUAACAUAGUUUUUAUGGACCAAGGAUCUUGUAUAAGCUUUAGUAAAGGUACAUUUUUCUCCAUACCUUUUUUGUAUUAAACAUAUAGUACACUUUUGUUACCAAAUAGUUUCUAUUCUUCCUCUGAGCUUGGGCUUUUGUUUCCCCCCUUUGAGGUCCAAAAUCCCAACCUUUAUGUUAUUGCGACCUUUCUACAAACGCCUGCUUUUUCGGUCUUGGGACUGAACUUUUGUUUCAUUUUGAUAAUCUUUGCUUCUUCUGUCGGGGAAAAAAAAAAUUCUGAAGUCUGGGUUGUUUUUUUUAUUUACAUAAGCGAAGGUUGUUUUUUUUUUUAUUUUUUUUUUUAUUUUGUUUUUAAUUGGGGAAUAACCUCAGAGGGCCUAUAUUUUAUCAUUGGUUUUUAUGAAGUCUUUAAAAAGAAAAGCUUUAAGCAACGCCUCUGCCUUGCCUGCAAUACUCUAUGUGCGCUAUGUCUCCUUUCAGAAAAAAAAGUCUACACAUCAGUACAUCUCACAUGGAGCCAUAGCAACAUUUGCAGAAUUCAUCAAGAAACUAGACUUCCAAUGUUACGGAAAACAUUGAGUUUGUCAUUUUUCAAACUAAUGUAACAAAGUGUUGUCAAAGGAUAGCCUUAGUACUGUAUAUUCUUCCUGUCAAACCAGUCACAUAUCUAAUAUCACGUAUCUGUUUCUCUAUCGGUCACUGUAUCGGAUAACGUAGUGAAACUUGUCUCUCAACACCCGGCGAGGUGUCUUCCAGUGUGUGCUGUAGUUCUGGUGGCAUUUAUCUCCAAAAAAAAAAAAAAAGAGAGAGAAAAAAGACAGACACUUUUCAAUUUGAUGUGGCCUUACUGAUAACUUCAAUUGCAUACAAAAAAAAAGAAACAAAAAAAAAAAAUCACCUUUUUUCUUAUCUGCUGUUUACUCACCUUGGAAGAACCUUUGCAUAGCACAAAAACAAGCUAAUGCCUGGCUUCUUAUCACGGGAGCUCUCGCCGCUCCACGCUGUCGUGCAGAGCAGCCUUCUGAAGGAUCUCUCGGCCUUCCUUUUACUUUUGUGUACAAGUACAAAUACGCCCGUUUUUUAUUCUCAUGCGGUGCACGGCACCUUUUCACUUUUUUGGUACAAUGUCUCACGAGCGCUGUAAGCUCUUUUCAGCCUUCUUCUUCUUUUUUUUUUUUAUACCGAAAAAGAAAAAAAUCUCCUGUGGUUUUAUUAUCUUUGCAGAAAAAAACAAGCGUGUGUACAUUGAGUAGUUGCACUCAUCACAUGUUCACGGCGACUGCGUCUCCUGUAGGAGUUUAAAGGCCUUCUAAAUGUGUAUUAUUGAAGAUGUGCAUUUUUCCAAAACAUAACAGCAAUAUUGUACAGGUCAUUUCAUCGUCUUUGUCUGCCUGAGCACUAGUUCACCAGCCAGCAAAUAUAUAUGUGUGCGUGCGUGCGUGCGUGCGUGUGUGUGUAUGUGUGUGUGUGUGUGUGUGUGUGACUGUCAUAUAUGUAGUUGCUGUAAUGGAUAAUGAGUCAGACUCGCUCCAUUUCAGAGUGCUCCUCCAAAAAAAGAUAAUUUUUUUUGUUAAAAAAGAGAAAAACGUUGAGGUUUUUCUGUCUUCCACCAGGAUCCAAAUGUCUGAUAAUAGUGGGAAAAAAAACAUUCAUAGGCAAUACUUAUGAUUUUACAGUACAACUGUGUACAACUUCCGGGGAAAAACAAAAAAGAACAGCGAUACUGUAACUUGAAUGUCUGCUUGAUGAAGUAUUUCUGAAAUUUUCUUACAAACAAACCCUUGAAAUAGGAUCAAAAAAGGAUUUGCUUGCACCCUCCCCCUUCAAUGUAAAAAAAGAUGAAAAAGUUAAGUUAUGCCCCCUCCCCAUUUCGCCACCUGUCAGUCAUUAAUGUUAAAUGUUUUAUAUUGUAAUAUUGAUAUUUUUUAAAUUAUUGGUACAAAGUCUCCCCUUGUCUUAUGUCAAAUAAAAAAGAAAAAAAAAAGAAAAGUGCAUUAUUGCCCGUGCUGCCUAGGUCGGCCUGGGAGUGUAUUUUUUUAAAAGAGGCCACUUCCUGUCUAUCCUGGAAAAAAAAAAACAAAAAAAAAAAACGUCGAGGAGUUGGUGCUGCAGCCGUAGUGUAGCAAUCCAAAACCUGAAACAGAUUUCUCGCGCUUCUUCACGCUGAGCUCUUGCAGGUCGACCUGAACCCUUUACUCUGCAGGAUGGAAAUCUUAACUGUAGAUUUUUAACCUGAGUGUUUUUUCUAUGUUUACUAGCUCUAAAUUCAGCGAGUUUUUAACAUUAGCAUCCUCCUCCUCCUCCUCCUCCUCCUCCUCGAAGCUUGGAUAUUUUUUGGGGGGGGGGUUUUUUGUUUACAUGUCGCCUCUUUAGGCUAACCCCCACCCCUCUGGCUCCUCUUCAUUGCCUCACGCAAGUCUGAGCUUUGUCACUAAUAAAAAAAAAAGGGGGGGUGAUGCAUGUUUUUUUUUUUUUUUUAUUUUAAAGAAAAAAAUGUGUCGCCUUGACAAUCCGAGCUGGUUUACAGUUUUGUUUAGUUUUUUUCUCUUCGAAAAACGCCUGGAGUUCGAAGACAUAGGGAGGAAUAACUUGAUGCCUCAUUCAUAAAGGGGAUUAAAAGCGGUCAAAAAAAAAAAAAAUGUUACAUGCCUUCUUUUAAAGACGCACGCUGUGUUAAUAACCUGGCGACAAUGCUUUCAGAGAGGUAAACAAAAACAUCUCAUCAGCGAUGCUUUUUACAGAAAAUAUCUUAACUGGUUUCUUUCUCUUUGCGUGUCUGGUCAUACUUGUUUUGCUCUUCCAAAAGCAGCUGUUUCUUGUGUUUGUUUGUUUUUGUUUUGUUUUUUUUUUUAUAAUGAGCUCUGAACAAUGUAUGUAUCCUCUAAUAUGCCAAAUGUCUUUUUAUAAUGUAGUUUUCAUGCACUGCUAAACAAAACAGGGCAGAGUGAGAGGCAGCUUUAAACAAAUACAAAAAAAAAAAGGAGUGUGGAGCCCUUCUCUGUCGCACUCAGCCUUACUUCUCCUUAAGACUAUUUGGCUGUUUGCACUACAGAGCGCUAACCUUUUCUUUUUUUUUUUUUUUCCCUCUCUCACACAUUUCAUCCUCACUCUUUGUCGCUCAUGUUUAUGUAUGUACAUUUGGAGUUUCACCCCCUUUCUUUCUUUUUUUUUUAACAUGCAGCCUGUUAUGCUUAGCUUUGCUACAGUCAGAUCACUUUUUUUGUUGUCAUUUCCCUCCUCUUCCUCUUCCUCAUCUCCUCCUCCAUGCCCUUUCACUAUCUUUCACUCUCACUGUAUCUGUGUAUUAUUCUAGUAAAUGGUAAGCAGAGGUGUCAUUGUGGUAGUAUACUCAGUGCUCAAAGGGUUGCUGAUGGUAGAAACCUGUGCCGUUUGUAACAUUUAGCAAUAACGUCAAAACAAAGGGGACGGUUUUUUGAUAACAUACGUUAGUUUUGAUUUUGUACAUAUUGCAGCUCCAGGUUCAUGCUCAAAAAAAUCUGUAUGUCAUUAAAAGAAGAAAAAAAAAAACGAGAAAAAACUUGCAAUAUUGGCAUAAAAAUGAGAAAUAAAAAAGUGAUAUAAAA